UCGUGUGGGGCGGUGGAGAGCCGGCCGGAGGGAAGAGGCUGGGGACGCACUGCCUGUGAGCUGCGACCCGUGGUGCCGCUACCAGCGCCGCCCUCCUCCGCACCCCUGUAGCUGUGCCCGCGCCGGCCGCCCCCGUCCGUCAGAGCAGCCCGAAGGAGCUGAGGGGCAGAAUGGUCCAUGCUGAAGCCUUUUCACGCCCCCUGAGCCGGAAUGAAGUCGUGGGGUUAAUUUUCAGGUUGACCAUCUUUGGUGCUGUAACAUAUUUUACCAUUAAAUGGAUGGUUGAUGCCAUUGAUCCCACCAGAAAGCAAAAAGUAGAAGCUCAGAAGCAGGCUGAAAAACUGAUGAAGCAAAUUGGAGUGAAGAAUGUCAAGCUGACAGAAUAUGAAAUGAGCAUUGCUGCACACCUUGUAGAUCCCCUGAGCAUGCACGUGACCUGGAGUGAUAUUGCAGGCUUAGAUGAUGUCAUUACAGACCUGAAAGACACUGUCAUUUUGCCAAUCAAGAAGAAAUACUUAUUUGAGAACUCCAGACUCUUACAGCCGCCAAAAGGGGUCCUUCUGUACGGCCCUCCCGGCUGCGGCAAGACACUGAUCGCCAAAGCGACAGCCAAGGAGGCAGGAUGCCGCUUCAUCAAUCUCCAGCCCUCAACGCUGACAGACAAGUGGUAUGGAGAGUCUCAGAAGCUGGCUGCUGCUGUCUUCUCUCUUGCCAUAAAGCUGCAGCCAUCCAUCAUUUUUAUUGAUGAAAUAGAUUCCUUCCUGAGAAAUCGAUCAAGUUCAGACCAUGAAGCUACAGCAAUGAUGAAAGCUCAGUUCAUGAGCCUGUGGGAUGGACUCGACACAGACUACAACUGCCAGGUGAUAGUGAUGGGAGCCACCAACCGUCCCCAGGAUCUGGACUCUGCCAUCAUGAGGAGAAUGCCGACCCGCUUCCACAUCAACCAGCCUGCCGUGAAACAGAGAGAAGCUAUCUUGAAGCUGAUCUUGAAGAAUGAAAAUGUGGACAGGCACGUGGACCUGCUGGAGGUGGCCAAGGAGACCGAUGGCUUCUCAGGCAGCGACCUGAAGGAGAUGUGCCGGGACGCGGCAUUGCUCUGCGUCAGGGAAUAUGUCAACUCUGCCUGUGAGGAGGAGAGCCACGAGGAGGACGAGAUCCGGCCGGUGCAGCAGCAGGACCUGCAGAGGGCCAUCGAGAAGAUGAGGAGGUCGAAGGAUGCCACGCUGCAGAACGUCCUGAUGCACGUCAGCCUGGAUUAAGAGCAGAGCAGUGCCUCCAUGGGCUCAGAUGUGAUUUUAGCUCGACCUCUGUAAUCAUUUAGCAAAAAACCAAACCACACCAAGGGGCUAGGGGGUGGGUGGGAGUGGGAGGACUACCCAGGGAGGCCUGUUUCUGGGAUUGUUUUGAUACAACAAAUCCUAACUUAUUGGAACCUGGAGAGUGAUGUAGUGGAACAAUUCUUGCCCAGACCAGGAGCAGCUGCUCUUGUCUCAGCCUGUCAGGAAUGCCCUAUCACGGGCACAGAGCACCCGUGGCCCACUGGGGUGUCCAGGUGUGUGGGCUGUGUAUCUGCUGGGUGGCUGUGUCUAUGCCUGGGGCUCCCAGGGAACGUUGGGACAGAAACUCUGCAGCAAGCUGGCUUGGAGCAUGUGUAGGCUGAAGGUUCAUCCGUGCUCAGCUCACAUCUGCUCUUCCUUUCAGCAGCUUCUCCAUACAGGCACAGCUUGAAGUCUCGGUGACCUGGUUUUGUUUCUUUGUCAUGACCACUUGAAAGCUGCUGCCCUACAGUACUGAUAGCAAAGCACCGCUUAGGCCUUUGAGUGCUUCUUCUUCUGGGCAAGUUCUACUUUUUGAGGCUCUGUUUUAAUCUGAGUUUGAUUUUUGUUUCUCCCCUGGCCUGGGUAAGCAGAGUAAAACCCUGACUGCUCUGCCACAACAGCCCCCUGAGUUCUGGUGCCUCUGCUCUGCUGUGUGCUGUGGAGAGGGCUGGCUGUCAGCCUGGCUUGUCCUGGAAGGCUCUGUGCUACAUGCUCUGUGCCCCUCUGCUCUGUCCUGUGCUCUGAGUUGCCAAACUCAGGAGAAGGGAAGAGCUUUGGGUUCAAUAAACGUGAUUUAGCCAUGUCCUGCUUUCCUUGCUGACAGCAACAAGUCCCUGUAGCAUUAUCGUGGGGUAAGGACAGAGGGUUCACAGCCUAACUAGGCAGAGUGCUCUGGGGCUGUGCCUGGCAGUAGGUUUGCAGUGGCUUCAUCCUUCUUAUCAUGAAUGCCAAUUCUGCAUGAGUGCCCACCCAGAACUGCUCUCACCCCUGGGCUGCUGCCCUGCAUGGCCGCUCUGCAGAGGAGGGCCAGGGGUGUGUGGAAAAUGCCAUGACUGUGUCAAGCAAACUGCACUGCAAAGCUGAAUGAAGGCAGCUGGAGCUAGCCAUCAACCCUGGGCCUGCUGCUACUGGCCCCUUCUCACCUGUAUCACAGAACCACACAAGUGUCAGGGUUGGAAGGGACCCCAUGGAGCAUCCAGCUUCUAAACCCCUGCCAUGGGCAGGGACAUCUCACAGUAGAUGGGGUUGCCUAGAGCCACAUUAAGCCUGGUCUUAACAAAUAGCCAGGGAUGAAGCUUCCACCACCUCCCUGGGCAACCUGUGCCAGUGUCUCACCACCCUCAUCAUGGUGAAGAACUUCUUCCUAACAUCUAGUCUGAAUCUACCCACUUCUAGAUUUGCUCCAUUUUCCCCAGUCCUGUCACUACCUGGCACCCUAAAAAGUCCCUCCCCAGCUUUCUUGUAGCCCCCUUCAGCUGUGUGCUGGCUUCCAGCACACUGCUGCUGGAACAGUAGCUGCAGCAGCUCCCAGGUUGGCCCAAUUUAAUCUCUUUGGGUACCAAACAUGAGGUGUUUAAAAAAAAGCUUCGUAGCUGGGUUGCUUUGCCACGUGGAGAAAGAAAUUGUAGGGAAAGGCAGGUUGCUCCAACACGGUGAGGUAGGAAGUGGGACACUCUAGAAGUGGUGAGCUGUGGAAAUCUGAAAUACCUGAAGGAGCAGGGCUGCAAGGGAUGGGCUUGCUGAAUGUGCAAGGCUGAAGCUGGGGUUGUUGGUGGUGGGGGUGUGUUGAGGGAACAGUUGUGUGUGUUUCUCCCACUAGUGCAGCCCUGUCCCAGCCCCCGGGUGUCCCAUGUGGCUGUUCUGUCAUCCCCACACAGUCAAAUGCAGCAGGAGUCAGGUAGAUGUAUAAAUAUCUAUGUGUACUAAACGUGACUGUAGCAGAGUCUCAGGGUCAGCAUAUAUUAAAAUGAAGGUAGACAUCAGUUGUAUG